AUGGCUGUCACAAAGGGCGACGAGAUGGGCGAAUCGUCCACCGCUGCGGCAAAGCAACUUCUGAAGCCGAACUCUAACGGAAUUGCAAACUAUGAAUUACCAUGGGUUGAGAAAUAUCGUCCUGUCUUCCUGGAUGACAUCGUGGGCAAUACCGAGACGAUUGAACGACUGAAGAUCAUUGCGAGGGAGGGAAAUAUGCCUCAUAUGAUUAUCUCUGGCAUGCCGGGUAUUGGGAAGACGACUUCUGUCCUGUGUCUCGCCAGACAGCUCUUAGGAGAUAAUUACAAGGAGGCUGUGUUAGAGCUGAAUGCUAGUGACGAAAGAGGUAUCGACGUUGUGCGGAAUCGAAUCAAAGGCUUUGCCCAGAAGAAGGUCACUCUUCCUCAAGGCCGACAAAAACUCGUUAUUCUCGAUGAAGCAGACAGUAUGACUUCUGGGGCGCAGCAAGCACUUCGACGUACGAUGGAGAUCUACUCUUCCACAACAAGAUUUGCGUUUGCGUGCAAUCAAUCGAAUAAGAUCAUCGAACCCCUCCAGUCUCGUUGCGCCAUCCUUCGAUACUCCCGUUUAACGGACGCACAAAUUGUGAAGAGGCUAUUGCAGAUCAUUGAGGCGGAGAAGGUUGAGUACAGUGAAGAUGGGCUUGCUGCUCUUGUUUUCAGUGCGGAGGGUGAUAUGCGGCAAGCAAUCAACAAUCUACAGUCAACAUUUGCUGGCUUUGGAUUUGUGAGUGGAGACAAUGUGUUCAAGGUUGUCGACUCACCGCAUCCAAUCAAGGUCCAGGCAAUGAUCAAGGCAUGCUACGAGGGAAAAGUUGAUGCUGCAUUGGAAACAUUGAAGGAGUUAUGGAACUUGGGAUAUUCGAGCCACGACAUUAUCAGCACGAUGUUCCGAGUCACCAAGACGAUUCCCACUCUGAGUGAGCACUCGAAGCUAGAGUUCAUCAAGGAGAUUGGGUUUACACAUAUGAAGAUCUUGGAAGGUGUACAGACGCUACUUCAGCUCAGUGGAUGUAUCGCGAGGUUGGCAAAGCUGAAUAUGGAUUCGAGAAAGUUCAUUGCACCAAAAUAA